AUGGCGGACCAGACGCCUCAACAUGUCGAGCGUUAUGAGGGCGGUCGCGCUUUCCGUGGCACUUUAUUCCCAUCGUCCAUCGAAUUUCGAGUGUCCGCUCGUGAACCUGUCCUCAACGGCGUGCGCAACAUCGGCUUGAGGGUCACAAGCAGUUUUCAGACAAUCCUUUCAAUCAUCUGGCUGUUUUACGCUAUGGCUGACCCCUUGAGUAUCGCCGCAAGCAUUGCGGGGCUCCUCUCCCUUGCGGAUAUUGUCUUUCUGCGCUUGUCCAAGUAUAUCAAGUCGGUCAAGAAUGCCGAGAAAGAAAUCAGCGAUCUGUGCAAAGAAGUCAAUGUGGUUGGGGGAACUGUCAACAUGUUGUCGCGAUUGGCCGCCUCCCUGGAGGCGGUGGACGAGUCUCUUAUUCAGAGCUUCCGAAUGCACCACAUUGAUAGUUGCGCAGCAGUCCUCUCCGAGAUCGUUAACAAGACGAAUAAGUAUGAAGACAAAUCAGGGGGGAAACUCAAACGACUCAUGUGGCCGUACACAUCUUCGAAAACCAAGGAAAUGCUCGCAGACCUAUCGCGACACAAGGAAAACAUGAACCUUGCUUUAUCAGCCACUUCACUAGAGGCAUUGCUCCGUUGUCUUGCGAAAGAGGAAGAAAGAGAGCAAACGACAGCUGCGAUACUAGCCGAUAUUCAAAAAACCAAAAAGAUUGCGGGGCGGAUUCGCGAGGAUUACCAGCGACAGCAUGUCCUCCACUUCUUCCUGAAAUACAACCCGCAAGCGAAUUACGAGAUGAGUGUGAAACUUCGACACCCAAGGACUGGCAUGUGGCUUGAACGUCAUUCGUCUUUUCAGCAAUGGCUUAGCACCCGAGGGACCCGACUCUGGUUGAGCGGCAUUCCUGGCGCCGGCAAAACGGUACUCGCAGGCUCAAUCAUUGGCCAUGCUCUUACGAGAAGCUCAGAUAACGUUGCCGUAGGCUUCUUCUUUUGCGACUACAAAAAUGAGACGACACAAAGCCCUGUCAACAUUCUUGGAGGCCUGGCGUACCAACUAGCGAGACAGAGUGAGGAAGCGUAUUCGAUGCUCGAAGAAUAUUACUCUGAGCUUCACCCAGACAGGGGACUUCCGCGACCUGCCAACACCGAAGACCUAGGACGAAUAAUUAUAAGGAUGUCUCAAGUCUACGAACGAACCUAUUUGGUGGUUGACGGCCUCGAUGAAUGCGGAGAUCACGCAGAGGAGAUCGUGGAGGCGCUAUGCCACAUGGCAGAAGAUUCAGACGAUUUAUCGAUGGCGCUACUUAGUCGCGACGAGGAUGACAUCCAGCGGCACCUUCGAGAUCCCGAGAACAAUUUCCACAACAUAGAGAUUGCAGCCCAUACUGAGGAUAUCACCGAGUUUCUCACGUCGGAAAUCGAACGGCGAAUUCGCGACAAGAAGCUGAGAUUUGAAGAUCUUUCUCUCAAAGCAGAGAUUCUGGAAAGCCUCGUCGCCGGGGCGCACGGAAUGUAA